AAAAUUGUAAAACAAAGUCAUCUCUUGCAUAUUAAUUUUACCUUUUUUUUUUAUUUUGCCAAAAAUAACAAAUUCAUAGGAAUAAAUAAGAGCCCAAAGCUCAUAAAUAGUUUCUUUUUGUUGAGGUUUCUGUUCCUCCUUGAUUCAUUCACCUGCACUAAUCUCAUAUUUGAAGAUAAUCAACUCAGUUAUUUGACUUUUCUAGGAGGUUGAUUUCUAAGGCCUUUAGAUUUCUUGCCGUAGGAGAAUUCUUGAUGUUUUGAUUCUGAUUGUGACUUUGUCAUAGAAAAAAAGCUUAAGUGAAAAGGGAGAAAAAAGUGAUUAAAGGUUAGGAGCUUAUAGGUUAUUUGGGAAUUAGGUUAUUGGUAAAAGGCAAUGGAGGAAAUUGCAGUACCGUUUAAGCUUGGAAAUUUGAUUCAGAAAGAUGCUGCGGUUACGACUCACAUGGAGAUAACCGGGUUAAAGCUUAUGGCGAAUACUGCGGCAGCUUUGAUGUUAAAUCCUGCAGCUGGAAAUGAAAACCGUGCCGAUGUUAGUCUUCAACGGAAAAUGAUGGUAUCUGCAGAGGUAAAGGAGAAUCAAGUUGGAGUUGUUUCGGAAAUGGUGAUUGAGUGUGAGAGUAAUUGGGUUUUGAGUGAAAGCGGUAAGCAGACAAAUAAGGAAGAUGGAAUUAUGUUAGCUGUGGAUUUUCAGUGUUUGCAUGAUUCGGGCUCUCAAUCUGGGGCCGAUUUGCCAAUAAUUGUGACGGUUGGUGAUGAUAUUCAUGGUAAGUUUAGUAGUAUAAACGAGGUGCUUCCGGGAGUAAAGCCAGAGCAGAAUACGGUUUCUAUUGCAAUGGAUGUUGAGAGUGAAAAUCGAUAUGCAUCAGAAGAGUCUGAUCCAAAGCUAUCUGCUAUAAUUCUUGAUCAGUCGCCUGUGGAGAACAAAAUGUCGAGAGCAAGCAACCAGAAUGGGUUAGAAUCGAGUAAUGAUCCUCUUUGGGGUUUCUCGUCAAUCUGUGGGAAUAGACCGGAGAUGGAAGAUGCUAUUGCUGUUAAACCUCAACUUUUUCAAGUCCCUUCGCGGAUGCUUAUGGAUGAUGAACACGUAAAUGAAAACUCAAAAUACUCGUCAGCCCAUUUUUUCAGUGUCUAUGAUGGACACGGGGGCUUUCAGGUUGCUAAUUACUGUCGGGAACGUCUUCAUUCAGUGUUGAUUGAGGUGAUUGAAGCUCAACAAUCGAGUUUGGCAGAAACAAAUGGGAGAAAUGAUUGGCAGGAAGAUUGGAAGAAAGUAUUGAUCAACUGUUUUCAGAAAGUAGAUGACGAGGUAGGAGGAAUUGGUGCAGGUAGUAGCGGAAGUAACAGCGGUGGAUCUGAGUCCAACAUUGAACCUAUUGCUCCUGAGACUGCUGGUUCCACUGCAGUGGUUGCCAUUUUAAGUCAAACCCACAUAAUAGUUGCAAACUGCGGGGAUUCAAGAGCUGUCUUGUAUCGCGGGAAAGAAGCUAUGGCUUUGUCUGCUGACCACAAACCGAAUCGAGAGGAUGAAAGAGCAAGAAUAGAAGCUGCAGGAGGAAGAGUCAUACAUUGGAAAGGAUACCGAGUUCUUGGUGUCUUGGCGAUGUCAAGGUCCAUAGGUGAUAGAUACUUGAAACCAUGGAUAAUUCCAGAGCCAGAAGUUAAUAUUAUGCAGAGAGAAAAAAACGAUGAAUGUCUAAUUAUAGCAAGCGAUGGUUUAUGGGAUGUAAUAACAAAUGAAGAAGCAUGUGAAGUUGCAAGGAAGCGAAUCCUUCUUUGGCACAAGAAAUAUGGCGACAACGGAACAACAGUAUAUGACAAAGGAGAAGGAGGAGUUGAUCUUGCAUCUCAAUCUGCUGCAGAGUAUCUAUCUAAACUCGCCCUCCACAGAGGAAGCGGCGAUAACAUCUCUGUAAUUGUGAUAGAUUUAAAGGCUGUGAGAAAAUUGAAGAGAAAGACAUAACAUGUUUUUUUUAUUAUCAUGUUGAAAUAUCUUCAGUUAUGCUAUUGAUUUACCGUUUGUAUUUCAGAAUCAUUAGAACUUUCUAGUCCCUCACUUUUUCAACAGGGCUAAGUAAGUUAUGUAUGCUAUAUAAUUCAAAGUGUACAAGGUUAUUGGAUGACACCUUUCAAACCA